AUGACAGAAUUUGUUACAACAUUCAAGAAAACACCAGUGAAUAUUCCGAUUAUUGCUUUUCAAAAACUUAAUGAAGAUGAAAUUCCAAAAUACCUGCAAACAUUCUUCUACGGCAAUUCAACACAGAUUAAUUUAGUUGAAUCAAGAAUUUCAGAGAUAUUUCAAUACGAAAAAGAAAUUGGCCAAAAACAAUUUUGGAUUUAUCAUCAAAAAACUUCCAAAUAUAUUGAUAUAUACCUUUCCAAUAUAAACAGCUUUACCAAGAUCCUUAUGUACAUCUCAAUUGGAUCUGCCGGCUUUGCCGUUUUUGUUUUUGUCGCUUGCGUUGUUUCCUACUUCUGGAAUUCUCCAUCCCCAAGAGAAGACACAAGUAGUUACAUUCCUUUACCAUGA